GGGAAAAAAGUUUAAUUACAUUAGGCAACCUAUUACAGUUAGAUGCAAAUUCUACAAUAUUUGAAUGGACACACAGAACACAUUUUGUCGGGCAAAUGAGACACUGAAACUGCCCCUUCCUCCUCUCCCAAUUUUUUGCAGUUCUCUUCUCUGCUUCCUGCUUACCCACUUCCACCUUCCCAGAGCUCCUCUGGCUCUCGCACUGACCCACAAGCCCCACUCCUUACUCAGUGACUGUGCCUAACUGUCCAGAAUCCCAAAAGUUCUGGGCCAGGACCCUUCCAAGGGGGUUAGCUCCAGGGAACCAAGGCAAUGGGAGACCAGAGCGGCUCCUCUUCCACCAACAGGGGCCCAUGGUCUUGAAAAGCUCACGAGCCUGGUGAAAGGUGUCUUCCAAGUGACAUGUGCCUUGGGGCCCUGGGAGUAGCAGGGGGUUGGAUGAGCUGAUCUCCCCGUUUCCUUCCUUCCUUCUUGGGAGGGGUGAUGUCAGAAGAGACUAAAGCUUAGGGCAUCUUUGCUGGUGAUAGUGCUAGAACAGUAAGACUUUUCUGGAGACAUUUACUGGCUACUCAUUGUGCCCAGCAUGGCACACUAGACCAGAGAAUGGCCCUGAGUGGAAAUCUGGACCUGGCUACUUACUGUGUGACUUUGGAUAAGCUACUUAACCCCUCUGGGCCUCCAUUUUACCCCUCACAAAAUGGGGAAUCAGAAUAAUAGCUAUCUUGUAGGGUGGUGCAGGGUGCUUUGAGCGGGGCUAGACACUCAGAAAGCACCACAGAAAUACUACUGCUUAUUAUUAGUGUUGUUAUGAAUAAAACACACCAGGGCUUCCAAACAUGGCUGUGAGAUGGUUUUCAUUCCCUUCCUUUUACAGAUGCACUUGUGAGGAAAUUGACGCUCUGAAGAGUUGCACUGAUUGGAGGACAGCUCAGGUCUGGCGGGCUGCAAACUGUAUCUGGUGCUCCAUCUACUUCCCGCGAGCACCUACCACUCUGAGAAGAGCGAUUCGGAAAUUUCUGUAGGCAGCCCUCCAAACUGGGGUACAUACCAGAGAGCAGCAGGACCUUGGGAGAGGGACACGGAAGACCUAGAACUGCUGGAUGACGCCCUUGGAAGAAGAGAAGAGUGUGGAGAAAGGAGGUGGAGGAGGAGGAGCCCGAGGUGGCUCAGGAGGUGGCGUGUGCAGUAGAGGGGGCUCCCAUCUUGCUCUGGUCCCCUGUUGGUCACCAGCUGCUCAGGUAGACCCUAGAGACAACUCCUGUUGCACAGGGGAGACCAUGAGCUCCUGAACCCCCAGCUACCUGACUCGGGGCUCUGUAGCCAGAGACCUGCCUGCCUCACACAGGUCCCCAGCAGGAGCCCCCAUCCUCCCCACCCCAGACACUAAAGAAAGGAAGCCUGGGCCUGGGCCGAACACCCCAGGGUUGUGGACUAGGAUGGGGGAUGGGCCUGUAACAGGAGGUGCCCUGGGUGUCCUCCUUCGGCCCCAUGGAGUCCUCAUCCAUUCCCCAGUCAUCAGGGAACUCUUCCGCUUUGGGGAGGGUCCCUCAGACUCCAGGUCCCUCUACUGCCAGUGGGGUCCCGGAUGUGGAGCUGCAAGAUGUGGCUUCGGAGUCGGUGGCCCUUUUCUUCAUGCUCCUGCUGGACUUGACCGCCGUGGCCGGGAACGCUGCUGUGAUGGCUGUGAUUGCCAAGACACCAGCCCUCCGAAAGUUCGUCUUUGUCUUCCACCUCUGUCUGGUGGACCUGCUGGCAGCCCUGACCCUCAUGCCCCUGGCCAUGCUCUCCAGUUCUGCCCUCUUUGACCACGCCCUCUUUGGGGAGGUGGCCUGCCGCCUCUACCUGUUCCUGAGUGUCUGCUUUGUCAGCCUGGCCAUCCUCUCGGUGUCGGCCAUCAACGUGGAGCGCUACUAUUACGUGGUGCACCCCAUGCGCUACGAGGUGCGCAUGACACUGGGGCUGGUAGCCUCUGUGUUGGUGGGCGUGUGGGUAAAGGCCUUGGUCAUGGCUUUGGUGCCAGUGUUGGGAAGGGUCUCCUGGGAGGAAGGUGCUCCCAGUGUGCCCCCAGGCUGUUCACUACAAUGGAGCCGCAGUGCCUACUGCCAGCUUUUCGUGGUGGUCUUCGCUGUCCUCUACUUCUUGCUGCCCUUGCUGCUCAUCCUUGUGGUCUACUGCAGCAUGUUCCGCGUGGCUCGUGUGGCUGCCAUGCAGCACGGGCCACUGCCCACGUGGAUGGAGACACCCCGGCAGCGCUCUGAGUCCCUCAGCAGCCGCUCCACCAUGGUCACCAGCUCGGGCGCCCCCCAGACCACUCCGCACCGGACGUUUGGAGGAGGGAAGGCGGCAGUGGUCCUUCUGGCUGUUGGGGGUCAGUUCCUGCUCUGCUGGUUGCCCUACUUCUCCUUCCACCUCUAUGUGGCCCUGAGUGCUCAGCCUAUCUCCACGGGGCAGGUGGAGAAUGUAGUGACGUGGAUUGGCUACUUCUGCUUCACUUCCAACCCAUUCUUCUAUGGCUGUCUCAACCGGCAGAUCAGGGGAGAGCUCAGCAAGCAGUUUGUCUGCUUCUUCAAGCCGGCUCCAGAGGAGGAGCUGCGGCUGCCCAGUCGGGAGGGUUCCAUCGAGGAGAACUUCCUGCAAUUCCUUCAGGGCACUGGCUGUCCCUCCGAGUCCUGGGCUACCCGACCCCUCCCCAGCCCCAAGCAGGAGCCACCUGCUGUGGACUUUCGAAUCCCAGGCCAGAUAGCUGAGGAGACCUCCGAGUUCCUGGAGCAGCAACUCACCAGUGACAUCAUCAUGUCGGACAGCUACCUCCGUCCUGCACCCUCACCCCGGCCAGAGUCCUGAUAGGCCCUGGACACUCGGAGGGACAGGGAGUCGGGGGCCACUCGUGAGUGCAAGGACUACCUUAUGGGACCACUUUUGUUUCCUGGCAGGCUAGAACUGGAGGCUGGGGUCUCCACACACAGCUUUCUGUUUAGUGUUUCCUGGGUCAGGAACAGAGCCAAGAGGAUGAAUGUCUGGCAAAAGCCUUGGACUUGGCUGUGCUCUCUGACUCCUGGGGGAGGGAACCUGGGUGUGGUGAGAUGGUGACAAGAGAAAGGGUUACAAAGGUGAGGGGAAGCUCUCAACUGACUAUGUACUUUUCAUGCCCAGCAAGCAAGGCCACCCUCUGAGGGCAGGAGGUGGAGAAUAUGGGACGGCAGUCAGGUCUGGAGUCAUUCUGGGGGCCAUUUAGGAUGUUUCAUUUCUCAGUGUAACUGGCCAGGGCAGUAACUGCACCCAAGCAAGGUAAGAAAACGACUCCAGUCUUCUCAUUUCCUUGCAAAGUUUAAAAAGAACAAAAUCAGAGCUAAGUGUUUCCAUUGGGACUGACAGCUCUUUCUCCAGUUUUUUUAAAAAAAUUAGUAGAAUGUCUUUUAUUGAGAGGCAGA